AUGAGUCCUCAAGAGCUUAAAUCUUGUACUUUGUGGUGGCAAGGUCCAUCAUUUUUAUGUCAACCCGCAGAAUAUUGGCCCACAGAUACUCAUAUUUCCAACUACUCACGCAAGGUUUUCGACAAUGACACCCUCGAAAUGAAUCCUAAGUCAAUCAUACUUGCUUCAACUGUGCCUAAAGUUUCUAUUUUUGAACUAUUUUCGAAUUAUAAUAAACUUAUAAAUGUAGUCGCUUAUUGCUUUAGAUUUUAUCAGAAUCUAAGGUUACCUAAACCUACACGUCAGAUAGGACAAUUAACGUUAUUUGAACGUAAUCAUGCCUUAACCAUUUUAGUAAUCAUAACUCAAGAAGAAGAAUUUGCUUCUGACCUACGAGAUUUAAAGAAUAAAAAUCGUUUGCGUUCUCAAAGUAAAUUAAAGGCUUUAAAUCCAUUUAUUGAUAAAAACGGAAUACUGAGAGUAGGAGGACGGCUCGAAUACUCUUCUCUCGACUAUGAGUCCAAACAUCCUAUACUCUUACCAAAAAGACACCCAUUUACUUGUUUAAUCAUCCUUCAUACUCAUGAGAAAAAUUUCCAUGCUGGUACACAGGCCACAUUGUCUUUCGUGAGACAAACAUUUUGGCCCAUUCAAGGAAAAUCUGCUGUGAAAACUGUAAUUCACAAAUGCAUUACUUGUUACAAACAAAAUCCUAAACCUUUAAGUACCCUGCUGGGAGAUCUACCUAAACCUCGAGUAACUCCUUCUAGACCGUUCACGCAUACCGGUAUGGAUUAUGCUGGGUAUUUCAUGAUAAAAGAUUCAAAACUUCGAAACCGAAAAUUUAUAAAAGCCUACUUAUGUAUAUUUGUUUGUUUAGCCACCAAGGCUGUCCACCUAGAGUUGGUGUCAGAUUUGACUACUCGCGGUUUUCUGGCCAUGCUCAGGCGUUUCGUUUCUCGACGUGGCUUAUGUCAGCACCUGUAUUGUGACAAUGGCACAAAUUUCGUUGGGGCUAAUGGUGAGUUACAGGAAAUUUAUAAGCUUAAUCAAUCCCCCGAGUUUGAAGAAUAUGCUAGAAAUAACAUGAUUCAGUUUCAUUUUAACCCUGCUGUUUCUCCGCAUUUUGGGGGGUUAUGGGAAAGUGUGGUGAAAUCGUUUAAGCAUCACCUCCGGCGGGUAAUAUCAAAUGACAAUCCCCUCACUUAUGAGGAGUUUUACACUUUCAUAGUUCAGGUGGAAGCAGUGUUGAACUCACGUCCCCUUUUACCUCUUACUAAUGAUCCCAAUGAUUUUGAAUCUCUGACUCCCGGACACUUCCUUGUCGGCCAUCCUUUAAACCUGGUACCUGAUAUUGAUUUGGAGACUACGCCAAUCAACAGAUUGAACCGGUACCACAUGCUGCAAUCUUUAGCGCAACAUUUCUGGCGCAGAUGGUCAGAGCAGUACUUACAUACCCUCCACGAGCGAUCAAAAUGGCGCUUUAAGACCGAUCCUGGAAGCCUUCAAGACUCUCUUGUUUUACUGAAGGAAGAGAACAGCCCACCUUCCAAAUGGACUCUUGCAAGAAUUGUCAAUCUUCAUCCCGGGAAGGACGGUAUAACACGUGUUGUUAGUGUUCGUGUUGCAAACGGGAAUGUUUUUAAACGCAGUAUCGUUAAGAUCUGUCCUCUACCUAUUUCAGAUGAGCGAAUUCAAGGCUUCUAA